AUGAGGCAGUUUGGCCUGUCAGCUGUUGUCAAGAUCACAAGGGAUGCAGCACAGGGCAUCCGAGCGUCCCUCCGGGCUAGAAGCAGCUGGAACCAAACUGGCACCAGUGCUGGAGCUUCCCCUCUCGCAAGAACCCAGGCUUCCGUUACACCGUACACUGGACGUCAAGAGAGUUCUAUGAGUAUGUUCUUACUUGAGGUGGCCUUGGAGUUUUCCAUGCAAAAGAAGCGGAAGCGCCUCGAUGUCGUUCCUUCCGAGGUCGCCUGGCAAGAGGAUUCGAGCGGGCCUCGGUUUCUUAGGAAGCCUCGGGCCAGCUCCCAACACGCCUCCCUUUUGUUCAUCGAGUCUGAGGCCGCAACGCAGCAAUGCUUGGCAUUCCUUUGGACUUAA